AUGGGAAGGCCUCCUUGUUGUGAUAAAGCAAAUAUCAAAAGAGGCCCGUGGACUGCUGAGGAAGAUGCAAAAAUUCUUGCUUAUGUAGCCUCUCAUGGAAUUGGCAACUGGACGUUGGUCCCUCAGAAAGCAGGUCUCAAUAGGUGUGGAAAAAGUUGUAGGCUCAGAUGGACCAAUUAUCUACGCCCUGAUCUUAAGCAUGACAACUUCACACCUCAAGAAGAAGAGUGCAUCCUUGAGCUUCACAAAACCAUUGGUAGCAGGUGGUCUUUAAUAGCAAAGCAAUUACCUGGGAGAACAGAUAAUGACGUCAAAAAUUACUGGAACACAAAACUCAAGAAAAAGCUUGUGAACAUGGGAAUUGAUCCUGUAACACAUAAACCAUUUGCUCAAGUCUUUGCUGAGUAUGGAAAAAUCAGUGGCCUUCCAAUUCAAAAUACAAGAAAUAAUAUCUGUUUGCCCAACAAUACCACUGAAAUAUCAAAGCAAUUUCCAUUCUCAAGUGGAACUCCACAUGACAAAUUUGUUCACAACAUUAUGAAUGAUCAGUUACAAGAAAACUACUCCACUCAGAAAUACACAUGGGAUCUUAAGCCUCAGUAUCAAGUCAUCCAUGAGGAGACUCUUCAAACAAACAGUUUUAGUGAAGUCUCCCCCUUGAUUUCAUCAGCAACUUCUUUUAACCCAACAGUAUUCAGCUCAUCGUCUUCUUACGCUUCCGUGCAAUCUCAGGUUCGAGUUAAUUUUACGUAUGACCAUUAAAGAAACCCUCUAUAACAGUAAAUCCACAUUAAAGUAACUAAUUUUUAUACACUAUAACAGUAAAUCCGCAAAAUUUUGCCCACAAUAAUAGUAAAGUCACCUUGAUGGCAGGAGCGAAGGUAUAUAGCCCUAAGGGUGGUCAACUGAUCACUCUUUGUCGAAAAAUUACAUUAUAUAUGUAGGUAAAAUAUUAGAUUUUAAUGGUAUAUAACAUAUAUUGAACACCCUUUAUAGGGUAUUUUCUUUGCUUAUUUCAAGUCGAGUGACCAUGCGUAAAAUUAAUCUUAUCAGGUUCAUACCACGGCAUGUUCUUCGUCAACAUCUACUUGGAACGAGUUUGUACUUGGAGAUCUGUGUACAUCCACAGAUACAGAGCAAAAACAGGAAUACCAACUCCAAGCUGGGAUAUAUUUGUCAAAGGAUCUGUCAAGUUCAGUUCACAAGGACAAUCCCACUUGUGGGGAAGUGACUGAAGUUGAGGAAAAGCAAUCUGUUGAAGAAACCACUUGUUCCUCUGCUGUGGAUUCAUUCGUGGACACUAUCUUGGCUCGCGACAAGCAAAUGCUAAUGGAUUUUCCUCCACUUCUAGAUUUGUAUCUUGAUUAUUGACUCUUGAUAUAAUUUCGCGAGUUGGAAUAAAUGUUAACAGGACUCU